AUCUAUCACACGGAACUUUCCAUACUGCUGCGCUCUGUUUGUCUGUGAGGACUCUUUAUUUUUAUGUAAUUCCUAAAAAUUUCUACAUUUUGUCCCCGAACAUUUUGUCAUCAUGGGGACCUCUGUAUCGAGGUCUGACUUCACCUGGACUUACACAGAUGAACCUCAUCUAACAAGAAGAAAAGAAAUGCUGAAGAAAUAUCCAGAGCUGAAGCGCUUAAUGGGACAUGAUACAACGAUUGUUUGGAUCAUGUUCUGUAUGGUUGUCACACAAAUCUUGACAGCUUGGUGCUUGAAGAAUGAAUCAUGGAUGACCAUCUGUGUUGUGGCAUACUGCUUUGGUGGUGUAGUCAACCACGGUAUGUCACUGGCGAUACACGAAGUGGGUCACAACUUGGCUUUUGGUCACGGUCGACUGAUGUGGAACAGAAUCGUAGGAUUUAUUGGAAAUGUGAUUAUCGGCGUUCCGGUUUCAAUUUCAUUUAGGCGUUAUCAUCAGGAUCAUCAUCGAUAUCAGGGUGAACAAUCACUAGAUCCAGAUCUUCCCUCUGAAUGGGAGGGAUACUUCUUCAGGAAUACCCUCCUCAAGUUCAUCUGGAUGCUGUUACAACCCUUCUUCUACGCCUUCCGCCCGAUGUUACGCCGUCCCAAAUCCCCCACUCGUCUUGAAGGCAUCAACUACGUGGUUCAGAUCAUCUUCAAUGCGAUUAUCAUCUACUUCUUCAGUUUCAAGGCCUACGUGUACCUAAUUCUAGGUACUGUCACCACGAUGGGUGUCCAUCCAUUAGCAGGCCACUUCAUCUCGGAGCACUAUCUCUUCAAGGAAGGCCAUGAGACCUAUUCUUACUAUGGGCCGUAUAACUACAUCGCCUUCAAUGUUGGUUAUCACAUGGAGCAUCAUGAUUUCCCCAAUAUACCAGGCAGCAGGUUGCCCUUGGUGAGCAAGAUUGCACCUGAAUACUAUAAUGAUUUACCAAGACAUGAUUCCCUCGGCAUGGUGGUAUGGAAGUUCAUCUUUGAGAGUAGCUUUGGACCCUUUGCACGCUACAAGAGACAAGACUCAAUGGAUCCUAAAAACCUAGACGCUUGGGAAAAGCACAAAUAUAAAAGUGGCUGGUAUUGAUUGUAUACAGAGGUCAAGGAACUUGCACCACUGAGCUGAAAUUUGGUGGGAAAAGGCCUGAACUUUUAAAGUUAUCUUUUGUUUAGCAUGUAUUUUAAAUCAUCAUGCAGCUAAAUUGAUUUACCACUACUCCAAUAAAGUGCAUCCUGUCUGCUCAAAUAUACCAUUACAAGAAAAGCAAAAAGAAAACAACAAAAUUAAUAACAAAAACUCAACAAUUUAAA